UCUUGGCGGGGGUGCUGAGUCGGCAAUGUCUCAAGCUGUGCAGACAAAUGGAACUCAGCCAUUAAGCAAAACAUGGGAACUCAGUUUAUAUGAAUUACAACGAACACCUCAGGAGGCAAUAACUGAUGGCUUGGAAAUUGUGGUUUCACCUCGAAGUCUACACAGUGAGUUAAUGUGCCCAAUUUGUUUGGAUAUGUUGAAGAACACGAUGACUACAAAGGAAUGCUUGCAUCGUUUUUGUGCAGACUGCAUUAUCACAGCCCUCAGAAGUGGCAAUAAAGAAUGUCCUACAUGUCGGAAAAAGCUAGUUUCCAAAAGAUCACUAAGGCCAGACCCAAACUUUGAUGCACUCAUCAGCAAAAUCUAUCCAAGUCGUGAUGAGUAUGAAGCUCACCAAGAAAGAGUAUUAGCCAGGAUCAACAAGCACAACAAUCAACAAGCACUCAGUCACAGCAUUGAGGAGGGACUGAAGAUACAGGCUAUGAACAGAUUACAGCGUGGCAAGAAGCAACAGAUUGAAAAUGGUAGCGGGGCAGAAGACAACGGUGACAGUUCACACUGUAGUAAUGCCUCCACACACAGCAAUCAGGAAGCAGGACCUAGUAACAAACGGACCAAAACUUCUGAUGAUUCUGGGCUUGAGCUUGAUAACAACAAUGCAACAGUGGCAAUUGAUCCAGUGAUGGAUGGUGCUAGUGAAAUUGAAUUAGUAUUCAGGCCUCAUCCCACACUUAUGGAAAAAGAUGACAGUGCACAGACAAGAUACAUAAAGACUUCAGGUAAUGCCACUGUUGAUCACUUAUCCAAGUAUCUGGCUGUGAGGUUAGCUUUAGAAGAACUUCGAAGCAAAGGAGAAUCAAACCAGAUGAACCUUGACACAGCCAGUGAGAAGCAGUAUACCAUUUACAUUGCAACAGCCAGUGGCCAGUUUACCGUAUUAAAUGGCUCUUUUUCUUUGGAAUUGGUCAGUGAGAAAUACUGGAAAGUGAACAAACCCAUGGAACUUUAUUAUGCACCCACAAAGGAGCACAAAUGAGCUUUUACUAAAACCGAUUCUGAGAGUGAACUUUUUUAUAGCCUAUUUCUUUAAUAUUAAAGAUGUAUCGUCAUUACUUUUAUGGACAGAAUCUUGGAUAUGUUCAGUUUUCUUUCUGAGCCAGACUUGUUUACACUAUUAAAAUCUUUUCCCCUUAACUUAAGAUUUCCUUUUUGAAAGGGACUGCAGUUAUUCAGUACUUUUUUUUUCCCUUUUAAAAAUAUAUUAAGAUUGUAUGUUUUCACAAAGUAUGGUUCCAUUUGGAGCACCCUUUUUGACCCAGGAAUUUUUCACGGUUCUGUAUUCUUAAGAGUCAAUUGGCCAUCCUUUUCUCUCCCCUGAAAAGUUUUCUAGGCCUAUAGAAUGUUAAAUAAUAUGUAUUUUGACUUUUUUUCCUGGAGUCUUGUAUAUUUAUAGUUUUCUAUAUAAGCUGUAGUAUCUUCAUGAAGACCAAGGCUCAAAUUUACUGUGCUUAAAAAACAAUUCUCAUAGGAUUAUUAUUUUCAUGGUAUUUUCUUCCAUAAUAUCUCAUUUUAAAGAAGUUCUUUAUGAACUUAGAGUCCAUUGUCAUGCAAUGUUAUUUUUUCCAUGUUUUUUCCCCUUUAAUUUUGAAUUGUCUGGUCUUGGGAAAUAGAAUCAAACAAAAUCCCAAGUUCUGUGAGAACUUGGCUCAUUGCAGAUUUCACUGAAGAAAAAAAAUUAAAUUGGUCUUACAUAGUCUUCAAGUGUGUAUUUAAAGUAAUUUUUUUUGGGGGGGUAUUAGUUCUCCUGUCACUUCCGUUUCUUUUUUUAUGUGUGUUUGAUGUUAUUUCCUGUUAAAAUACCAGAAAUACAGAGAUAUUUUGCACUUUAGCCUUGAUGAAAAAAAGUACAAGAUAUGUUCAAAACUUCCCUGAUUAUUUUCUUAUUGGUAGCCACUUAAGUUUCAAAAAUAACAUGGCACAAAUUAGCAAAGGGGUAAGAACUUGCAUCUGUUUGAAAAGUGUGUUUAUUAGCAGGUUGGGUUGCCAUAUCAUUAUAAAUUUGGUGCUCUGCUAACUACACUCUAGAGAGGCAAGUUAAUGGAGUUUGAGCCCUGCCUUGAAAUGUAGUAAAAGAUAAUUCUGUAGAAGAAUGUCAGUCAGUAGGGUAAAGUCAUUCUACCCUUCCUACUUAAAUAUUGAGGACAGUGUUUGGUGUUUGGAUCCAGGAUUCAUGACAACAGGUCAGAAGUAAGAUUGACUUGUGUUGUUUUUCCAUCCCUCUCCUGAUUCCAGGUAUGUUUCUAAGUUUAUAUUAUCACAGUAUUUAUAAAAACAUGUUUGCAUUGAGUAGUUAACCCAAAGGGUUUUUGCUGGGUGGAAGUGGUCCUCCAGUAAUCAGAAUUAAAGCCUCUACUCAUCGUGAAUAUUAAUCUGUCUUUUUUGACAGAUUGGGGCCAGCUUGAUGUUUCAUAUCUUCAACUCAGCGCAGUAUAAAAACUUAAAGGAUUAUUAAAUUUUUUACCAUUUUACUGAAAAUACUUAAAAUCUGUUUUUAUAAUUUUUUUUCUUUUUUGGUAAACUGUGCCAUGAAAUUUGAAAACCUCCAAAAAUCAAGGGAAAUUUUGUAUUCAAUUCCUUUUCUGGUAUAAUGUUAAGUUGUAUAGAUUCUUAAUGCAUGUCCACUGAAUAUAAUCCUGGUUUUGUGAUAUAACUGCUUAGAUUUUAUUGGUGACAUUAGAUUAGUAUUUGCAUUAAAUAACUAAAUUCUCAUUGUGACUAUUAAUUGAAAUUUUGUCUUUAAGCAAAAAGUUAUUUGUGAAUAUAAGCUUUGUGCUUAGAGAACAUUGUGUUUUUAUCUGUCAGUAUGAGAGGAUGUAAAUGCUUUGCAUCAUCACUGAAUUCAUUGGCUGUGUAACUUUGCAAAAUAUAAUUAUAGGUGUUUGAUAGAGCAUUGAGUAUGGUGUUGUGUGUGUUUUUAUGUAUUUUGGAGGCAGAAGGUGGGUACUCUACCAUCACAACAAACCAAGGUUUCAUAAAGUAUUUAAGUAACUUCUGUAACCAUCUCAACUAAAUUACAAAAGGCUUGCCAGAUGUGAACACACAUAACCAAAUUUAUCACUUCAGCUAUUUUUAAGUGUGCAAUUCUGUGGCGUUAAGUACAUUCACAGUACUUUUGUAACUCAGCAUUGUUUCCUGGAUUUUUUCAUGAUGCCAAAUUCUACACUCCUUAGAUAGCUACUCCAAAGUCUUUAUCCCCUCCACCUUUAUCUUACUUACACUUUAUGUAAGUGGAAUCACAUUUGCCUUUUGUGUUUUCUUCACAUAGCAUAAUGUUUUUGAGGUUCAUAUAUAUUGUAACAUA